UCGGUGGGGCGGCCGCCACCUCGGGGCUCGGGGCCCAGCAUGGGGCGGCCGCUGUGAGCGCAGCGGCUGCGGGGCUGAGCCGAGCGCCCCGGACGGGGCUCCCCCUCCAUUGUUCCCGGGACCGCGCCGCCGAGGGGCUCCGCUCGGAGGGGCUGAUCCGGCGGAGGGUCCCCAUGGAGUGGUUGUUGCGGAGCCCAGUCGCCGAGCAGUAGCCGCAGCAGUGGGAUGUUUACCUGGAGGUGCCUCAUCCUUUGGGCUGUGCUGGUCACAGCCGCGCUCUCAGCUGCCAGGCCGGCCCCGACCCUGCCCGACCAAGCUCUGCCCAAAGCCAAAAUCGAGGUGGAAUCCUACUCUGCGCAUCCCGGUGACCUCCUCCAGCUGCGCUGCCAGCUGCGGGAUGACGUCCAGAGCAUCAACUGGGUGCGGGAUGGCAUCCAGCUCAGCGAGAACAACCGGACCCGCAUCACCGGCGAGGAGGUAGAGGUCAGGGAUGCAGUGCCUGAGGACUCGGGGCUCUAUGCCUGCAUGACCAACAGCCCCUCGGGAAGCGAGACCACCUUCUUCUCCGUCAACGUCUCAGACGCUCUCCCCUCCGCGGAGGAUGAUGAUGAUGAAGAUGAUUCCUCUUCGGAGGAGAAGGAGGCAGAUAACACCAAACCGAACCAGGCCAUCGCUCCCUAUUGGACCUAUCCAGAGAAGAUGGAGAAGAAGCUCCACGCCGUCCCCGCUGCCAAGACAGUGAAGUUCAAGUGUCCAUCGAGCGGGACCCCCAACCCCACACUGCGCUGGCUGAAGAACGGCAAAGAGUUCAAGCCCGACCACCGCAUCGGGGGGUACAAGGUCCGCUACGCGACCUGGAGCAUCAUCAUGGACUCAGUGGUGCCAUCCGAUAAAGGCAACUACACAUGCAUUGUGGAGAACAAAUACGGGAGCAUCAACCACACGUACCAGCUGGAUGUCGUGGAGCGGUCCCCGCACCGGCCCAUCCUGCAGGCAGGGCUGCCUGCCAACAAGACAGUGGCUCUGGGCAGCAACGUGGAGUUUGUCUGCAAGGUCUACAGUGACCCCCAGCCCCACAUCCAGUGGCUGAAGCACAUCGAGGUCAACGGCAGCAAGAUCGGUCCCGAUAACCUGCCCUAUGUCCAGAUCCUGAAGCACUCGGGGAUUAAUAGCUCUGAUGCGGAGGUGCUGACCCUGUAUAAUGUGACAGAGGAGGAGAGCGGGGAGUAUGUUUGUAAGGUUUCCAAUUAUAUUGGCGAGGCCAACCAGUCUGCGUGGCUCACGGUCACCAGGCCUCGGGCACAAGCUAUUGAAGACACCCCGACCAUGAUGACAUCCCCCUUGUACCUGGAGAUCAUCAUUUACUGCACCGGGGCCUUCCUCAUCUCCUGCAUGGUGGUGACCAUCAUCAUCUACAAGAUGAAGAGCACCACCAAGAAGACGGACUUCAACAGCCAGCUGGCCGUGCACAAGCUGGCCAAGAGCAUCCCCCUGCGCAGACAGGUAACAGUCUCGGCCGACUCCAGCUCCUCCAUGAACUCGGGGGUGAUGCUGGUCCGGCCCUCGCGCCUCUCCUCCAGCGGCACCCCCAUGCUGGCCGGUGUCUCUGAGUACGAGCUGCCGGAGGACCCGCGUUGGGAGCUGCCAAGGGAUAGGCUGAUCCUGGGCAAGCCGCUGGGAGAAGGAUGCUUCGGGCAGGUGGUGCUGGCGGAAGCCAUCGGGCUGGACAAGGACAAACCCAACCGCGUCACCAAGGUGGCCGUGAAGAUGCUCAAGUCCGACGCCACAGAGAAGGACCUGUCCGACCUCAUCUCCGAGAUGGAGAUGAUGAAGAUGAUCGGCAAGCACAAGAACAUCAUCAACCUGCUGGGAGCCUGCACGCAGGACGGACCCCUCUAUGUGAUCGUGGAGUAUGCCAGCAAAGGCAACCUGCGGGAAUACCUGCAGGCACGGAGGCCUCCGGGCAUGGAAUACUGCUACAACCCCACACGUGUCCCUGAGGAGCAGCUCUCCUUCAAGGACCUGGUGUCCUGUGCCUACCAAGUGGCCCGGGGCAUGGAGUACCUGGCUUCCAAGAAGUGCAUCCACAGGGAUCUGGCAGCCAGGAACGUGCUGGUGACCGAGGACAACGUGAUGAAGAUCGCGGACUUCGGCCUGGCUCGUGACAUCCAUCACAUUGAUUACUACAAGAAGACCACGAAUGGUCGCCUGCCUGUGAAGUGGAUGGCCCCAGAGGCUCUGUUCGACCGCAUAUACACGCACCAGAGCGAUGUGUGGUCCUUUGGUGUGCUGCUGUGGGAGAUCUUCACCCUGGGAGGUUCACCCUAUCCCGGUGUGCCCGUGGAGGAGCUCUUCAAGCUGCUGAAGGAAGGGCACAGGAUGGACAAGCCCAGCAACUGCACCAAUGAGCUGUACAUGAUGAUGCGGGAUUGCUGGCACGCAGUCCCAUCCCAGAGACCCACCUUCAAGCAGCUGGUGGAAGACCUGGACAGGAUCGUGGCCAUGACCUCCAACCAGGAGUACCUGGACCUCUCCAUGCCGCUGGAUCAGUAUUCCCCCGGCUUCCCGGACACCCGCAGCUCCACCUGCUCAUCGGGAGAGGACUCAGUGUUCUCCCAUGACCCUCUUCCAGACGAGCCGUGCCUUCCCAAAUUCCCACCUCAGCACACCAAUGGGGGACUGAAGCGACACUGAGGGAUGGCAUUGCCAUAGGGACUGCCGUGGGCUGCCUGCUCCUGCUCAGCUGGAGCAUCAGGGGGUCAGAGACACAACCAUAGCAUCUCCCCUCACCGGAUCCAUCCAGCCCAAAGGUUUCCUUCUGCUCUUCCCUUGGAUAUUCCCACUUGCUUAAGCCGGAAUCUUCUCCUGUGGGAAGUGAGGAGCCAAGCACCCAUCCCGGGAUGGGCUCAGGAUGAACCACGACUUGGAGCUGAGCAUCCUAUGGCUGUGCAAGGGAGCUGGUCCUGCAGCUCGGCAGUGCCAGCGCUGAUGGGAUUUGCUUUCCAAACCCUUGGCACAUCGGGAUCGGGAGCUGCAGCGGGUGCCAAACCCCCCCCCCCCUUCCAGUGCUAAAGACAAAACUCCUGUGUACAUAACGGCAAAUAUGUAUAAAUAUGAAUAUAUAUUUACAUGUCUUUUUAAAGGGGUUGUUACCAGAGAUGCACCAGGCGGGUAGGAAGGUUCUAGUGGCUGGGAGGCAUCAGUUGCUAUGAGAAACCAACAAAAAUUCCAUAUAUUUUGCUACUUUUUUGCUGUUUUUACGUUGUUUUUAAGUUAUGUUCUAAACCCAGUUCAGUUUAGGUCCCUCGGUAUCAAUUGCUGCUGCUGCUGCUUCACUUUUAUAUGGGGCUCUAUUAAACAGUACCAAUAACGUCGAUGCCUUUUGGGAACACGUUGUCAUGAUGUGCCUGCCCCUUCCCUGGCCCUCCCGCACCCCACGGCACCAUAUUGGUGCGUGGGGUGCUUGUGCCAGCAAGGGGUUGGGAUGGUACCCGGGGAUGGGGCUGCACCCCCUGCCAUUGGCUCCAAUGGGAAGGAGCAGGGAUCAUGCCGGACCCCAAGGCAUUGGUCCAGCCCCUCCACCCCCCCCGGGUGAUGCCCACCAGUGCCUUACGGGAGCAUCCGCAUCCUGCCUGAGCUCUGCUCCAUGGAGCUGGUGCUGGGGAGGACAGGCUGGGAUGUUCCCAUGGGCAGGGAUGGGGACCCCGUGUCCCUUCCCUCCCUCCCUGUCACUGGCAUUGAGAUUCCGGAGCCAGGCCGCUAUUACUUGAAAAGUUUAUGUUGCCUUUGUAUGGAGAAAUCUUAUUUGUUGUAAACUCUUCUGUAAUGAAUCUGGAAUUCCUGUAAUUAUUAAAGACUUUAACCCAG